AUGUCCGCCGUCCAGCGCGCGAGUCCGUAUGCUAUCGAGAUGGAGGUAGCGGGGGAUCAGGCGAGGAGAAGUGGCCGCCGCCGCCACGAAAGGAAGGCCUCGAGGAGGGGUCGCCAUCUCCUCGAGAGGAAUUCCGAGUUGAAGAAUCCACCGAUUCGAUGCGGCGAAGAGGAGGAGGAGGAUAACUUGGUGAUCGUGGACGAAGAUGAGGGGGACAAGGACGAGAUGCGUUGGUUCCGUCGCAACUGGGAGCUGGCCUUUGGCCGUUCGUACGGCUCCUUCGAAGACAAAACACCUCUGGGUCCCAUGCGCUAUACAGAGGGAACCAUUCCAAAAGAUGCUUGUUGUGAGACUAUUGUGCAGAUCUUCUCAGUCCAAGUGACAGAACUAAAAGAUGGUCUCAAGUGGCCACUACAUGUCUAUGGUCAUGUUGCUGCUAGGGACUUGAUGGAUCAUAAUCGUAACCUUCUUUUUGAACGCGAAAGGGACAACUGCCAAAUCCUCUCUCAACAGGAUUCAUCUCUUCUGCUGACAGGCCCGUCUCGUGCAGUUGUGAUAAUGAAUCCAGUUACAUUUGGAGUUGAUCUGAAAGUAAAGGGGGAAACAGAGGCUGAGGAUAAAGUGUUGAGCCUGCAAAUCUUCGAAUAUGACAGACCUGCUGCUUAUGGUAGUAAUGCAUAUGUGACUCAUAAUUGUUGCUCAAGCAAGCGUAGCACGCUUGGGUUCAAACUUGCUACACUUCUUGACACAGUUGAGGCUACUGUAGUUAGUGCCAAAGUUGUUGGUGGGUCAUGGUUGGACCAUUUUCGAGGACGAGUUGUUUGCCGCACCGCAAGCGCUAGUAAAGAGGAUAUUGUGUUGCUUGAUUCUCAAGAUGGAAGAAUGCCUAUCACUGCUGAUGGUGAAAUUGAGCUCUCAAGGAGUGUUGUUUCUGUGGAACUAACUGGACAGCUCAUUUUCCGUGUGGUGGCCUCACAGAUGGGUGACAAAACAGAUGUCAUCGACCAAGCUGUGGCUUUUUUCACGCCCACGGUUAGAGGCAAGAGUCAUGGUACUUGUGAACUGGGUUUUUGUAAGUUGGAAGUCGUUGUUGCCUGGUCCCUCUUCUCAACCAUGGAAGACCUUCGCCUUCAAAACCGCAUCUGAAUAGGCCUGAUUCAUCAUGGUCGUCCUAGAUGCAUGGCUCAGUGUUGUUUCAAAGCUCUACUAGUAGUACUCUAUCUAUUUGAUUGCAGGUGCUUAUGUUACUUAUAUUGUGUGUUUAAGGCAGUAUGUAUCUAUAAUCUCUGAUUGUCAUAACUAAAGUCGAUCGUGAAACCUGUGGGGUUCCAGUAGUUUUAUAGGGUUGUCAUUUGUAUAGGUUCCACAUUGUGGGUGCAUUGUCUGUUGAGAGAUGUUAUCGCAAAAAAAAAGUCUGUUGACUGUUGUCAGAUAGGCGUUGAAUAUUCUCUCUAGAGAUACGU